UGCAUAGGAAAUAGUGGCAAAUUCUGUAGGCGGGUGGAAUGAAGCACUCUGAUUCCCUUAGAGAAGAUGGCGCCACCCACUUCCUUGUAGAUAUGGUGCGGUCCCUCGCUGAGUUUCUGCAGGCAUGAUGGCUUUGAGGAGAUCGGUUUUGCAGCUGGGGAUCGCGGCCAGGGGAUUCCGGGAACCCGGUCAAGUGAUUAGAUUUAGUUCUAGUGUUCCGAGUUCCAUACCUUCUGUUGAGGAUGAAGUGGAUACAGCAGAAAAUGAGAUUGUUGCCCCUGACUUCACUAACCGGAAUCCACGCAACUUGGAACUGUUGGCUGUAGCAAGGAAGGAACGAGGCUGGGAAACCUCAUGGCCAACACGAGAGUAUUGGCAUAGGUUGCGACUUGAGCGAACACAGCGGCACGUGAAGGCCUACGUUGAGCACCGCAACGGUCACAUUGUAGUCUCUGCUUCCACCCAAGAGUGGGCCAUAAAGAAGCACCUUUACAAUACAUCGGGUGUGACAGCAUGCAUGAACGUGGGGCGUGUGGUUGCGCAUCGCUGUCUUGAAGCAGGGAUCAACUUUGUGGACUUCAGGGCUACAAUUCCGUGGGAAAAACGUGGCACUGCGGUCCAGAGUUUUGCAAAUGCUGUGACAGAAGGUGGCGUUGUACUGGAAGAGCUACAAAGACUAUAUGAUUAAGUUGGACAUUCAUGAAGAUACUGAGAGAUACUGUUUAAAAAGUCUGCGGUUCUGUCCUUACAGGGAAAAAUACCAUACUCUAUUUCACAAUUGUAAAACUGCUGAAGUCCAUCAUAAUAAAUAAAACCCAAUAGAAAAA